CGAUAUGAAGACGCUGAUACCUAUUGCAUUUCUCGCACUCGUUGCGGUGGUUGCUGGAAGCGAGUAUAGCUAUGGCUACGCUGCACACCCUUACUCGUAUGGUUACCGACCACGUACGGCUGUCUACAGCUAUCCUCUGCGUUCUCACUACGGACAUGAGCGCUAUCCGGUGACGCGCCACUACGUCAGAUCUUACAAGCCCGUCGAUGAUUACACGCACAAAGUCGGCUACGUAGUAAAAGAUCGACAUGCCGAUGACGGUGAUCAUGACGAUAACUACAAGCAUAGAAAACAUUAUUCUUACGUCGAUGAUGAGGACCUUAGAAAGCCUAAAAAGCAUUACAGCGGUUAUUCCAGCCCCAACUAUGACUACGCACGCGACCAUCGAAAACCGAGUUACCACUACACCAACCCCAACUACGGCAGGACUUACAGUUAUCCCAGCUAUGCUAGGUACCACAGCAACCCGACGUAUGGUAGAUACCACAGCUACCCGAAGUAUGGUAGAUACCACAGCUACCCGAAGUAUGGUAGAUACCACAGCUACCCUAGCUAUGGCAGGUCAUACAGCUAUCCGAGCUACCGCAUUGGCGGAUAUCGUUCAUAUUAUGUCUAGAUUGAUGGAGAGUCACAGCGAAAUCGUGGAAUAGUACGCGCGAAUUUAUCGCUCCAAGCGUGGUGUUUAGCUCUUGCUCAAUCUACGCUACUGAAAUGGUAUAUGUUUAGUUCGCAAGACUGUAGAUUAGGUGGUGUUGGCGGCUUGCGCAUAGAAUAGGGUUAUAGUUUCAAGAGAACUCGAUGUUCAUGUUUGAUUAAUUACUGUGUGCAAUCUUUGUUGGUUUUUCUGUAACAUGUCAAAAGUAAAACGGCAUAUUCUUUCAGCAAUGAA